GUUGGUCCUGACAGUCUCGCGCUCCAGGGACGCCGAGCCGCGCGCUGCCUUGCACCAGCAGCAUCAGGAAGACACCAGCAAACACCGCACUAACUGUAAAUCCCGAGGAAUACCAGCAGCAAAUCCAGCACCAACAGUGCUGCCGUCCCCGUGGAGCGAAUGCACAGUCAUGCCUCUCCUGCAAUAGAAAGCCCCAGCUGCCUUUCCUCCCAUCUGUUCCGUGUCUCUGCACUCCGGCUCAAACUAAGAGACCAGUAGGAAGACAUCGCACUCCAUGCCCCGGCCGUCCCUAGUGCAGGUGCUCCCUGUCGCAGGUUUUGCAAUUGCUCAGCUCAGUAUUAAUGAGGCGGCCGCAGACUGAGUUUGACAUGGCUCUGUCCGGGACCGUCCUCCCGCCUAUAAACACGUUCGCCACCAGCUCGAACGGGAAGGGUAUGGAACCAUCCACGGGACAACACAUGGCGUACAAUAGAUGGAGGGGAGAGAUGACUAACUUGAGACGGUCCAUGGAGAGCGACAGCCAGAACGUGGGAUAUAGAAGGGAGGACGAGGAAUUGAGCGAACUCUUAGAUCUAGAUUUUAUUUUAUCCAACACGAUGCAUUCGGAAUCGAUGGGAAACACUGCCAAUAGCUUCAACUGCCCCAUGUCUAGCGCAGCGGGGAAUGCGGCGGACGUGUAUCAGAGAGAGUCUUACAGCAUAACAGACAUCAGCGAGGGUCCGCCGAGCGGUGGGAGUCUUGUGGCCGAAUUGCUGAGACCGGACCUGGACCCCAGUUACUGCCACCCCCGUAGCCUGCAUGGCAAGUUCGUACUGAGGACAGCGGCGGAGGCGGGGGAUUACAACCAGGCGGUGCACGUUGCCAAACCCGCCCCGCCCAUCGAUGCGCACCUGAGCCACCUUCAGCAGGUGUGCCAGAAAGUGAAGCAGGAACCGCUCAGCGUCAGCGCCACAUGUGCAAUGGGAGGAGGGCUGGACGGGCGUGUCGGUGCAACCCAAGUGCCCGGACCCAGUCACAGGCAAGCCUGCCGACCGAGGCAGAAUCAGGACGGGUUCAGCAGCAGGGUGACCUCACCCCUGGCUUCAGAGGACAUUCUCAACAGGCCGUGCAACUCAUCUCAGCUCCUGGCGCCCCAGAGACCCACCAGUAUCCCUCUGCAGCAGACUUUCACCCAGGCAGGCAGUUACACUCACUUCCAGGAGCAAACUGCACUCCAGUAUCAAGAGCUGUUACCCUCGGGGUACCCACCUCGGGAAGAGAAGCCCAAGAGAGGUCGCCGCUCCUGGCCCAGGAAGAGGGUGGCUACUCACACGUGUGACUAUGCCGGCUGUGGGAAGACGUACACCAAAAGCUCACACCUGAAGGCACACCUCCGGACACACACAGGUGAGAAGCCCUAUCACUGCGACUGGGAAGGCUGUGGCUGGAAGUUCGCUCGCUCCGAUGAACUGACGAGACACUAUAGAAAACACACGGGACAUCGUCCUUUCCAGUGUCACAAAUGCGACCGAGCAUUUUCCAGAUCCGAUCACUUGGCUCUGCACAUGAAAAGACACCUGUAGUUAAACAGCAGCACAGCAUGGAACUGCUCUAAGGCUUCGACCUGUAAUAUAAAUACUCACUGCCUUAUACACUGCAUCCUUGGGCGCACGCAAAGGACAUUGACGUACUCCAGUGUGUCCUGGUGAAUAAUAUUAGCCUGAAGUGGAAUCUAUCUGCUGAGGUAGCCGAUGCAAAGCUUCAAGAUGCGCUCUAACGAGCUCCGUGCGGCCCGUGAUCAACUGAAAUCAUCCGAGAUUAGGAAACAGGGUAAAAAAAAAUCAGGGUCAUUGCUAUCUCAUGUGCCUUACAACAGCCCUAAACUCUCGAGAAACCAGCGGAUUCACACUAACGGUCCAAGCAACUCAAUUCCUUUGUACAAAGAGGGAAUUCAGGUACAGAACGCCUGUUCUAUAUAUAAACAAAGAAAAACUUGAUGUGACGGUGUUCACAGACUGUCGGCCAGAUUUUACAAAAUGGAAAACUAUGCAACAAAUUCUGCCACUGGAUAAGAAGAGAUGCAAGUUCAGGUUUACGGUAUUGUCAAAGGUCAGGUAACCGUCUCUCCUUCAUAUCGCUAAAUAUCACUCCGUGGUCUCUGUGCAAUAAUGAUUAUUAAUUUUAUAAUAUUCUAUACUUUAAAGCAGAACAGAUUGCAUUUCUAUAUUUUACUCGACAUAUUUUAUCUAAUGUACAUUUUAUGUGAUAAUUUUGUACAUUUGUAAAUAAGGAGUAAACAUUUUCAUCAUUUUGGAUAUUGCAUAUAGUGUUUUUUUUGGAAAAGGAAAAUGUAAUAAACUUAAAAUUUCUGUAU